CCCCCUCCCUCGCUAUCCGCGAUCCAGUUUGUGAGGUCGCACUUCAUCCUCGUCGCAACUACCUCCACAGCUUUAAGCCCUCGUCGUCACGAGCUUCACACCAGCUUCCUCUCGCUCGCUCGCUGGAUCAUCCAUUCUUUGCUCCAUCUUGCUCUUCAGUGAACACUGAUCAGUAGGCAUCCGAUCCACAUCCACCAACAAUGGCUGCCGUCGUGAACGCGCCACCAGCUGGUUGUUGCACGGUGGCGGCGCGGCCGUCGAUGAUGAUGAGGGCGAGGUCAAGAGCGGGCGGGCGGCUGGUGGCGGUGAACGCUGUGGGCGACGUGGCGGCGGAGGGCAACACGUACCUCAUCGCCGGCGCGGUGGCCGUCGCGCUCGUCGGCACGGCCUUCCCCAUCCUCUUCUCGCGCAAGGACACGUGCCCGGAGUGCGACGGCGCCGGGUUCAUCCGCAAGGCGGGCUCGACGCUGCGGGCGAACGCGGCGAGGAAGGACCAGGCCCAGAUCGUCUGCCCCAACUGCAACGGCCUCGGCAAGCUCGGCCAGAUCGACAAGUAGCUUGCUGAUCCGCCACUAUGUUACUGUGAAUGAAUGCACCUGAUCCCCAUCCUCCCUCAAUCCCUACUAGACAAUGUAUGUGAUGAAUGCCCCGCCGGAUUAUUGCUCCUUUCGUUUUUCUUCAACUCAUGUAUGUGUACCGUGUACGUGCUCAUCCAUCAGUCUUUUCUGACAGGUUCUGAACGUAUAUAUAUGUUGAAUGAGUAUUGCUUUGGUAUGUAAUGUUUUCUGUCAGGAGACGUUAGCGUGUACAAUUAUUGCUCCCGGUGUUGUAUGUGCUAUAGUACCUGUUCCUCUGUUCUAAUGAUCAAUCUCUCGCUGCAAGUGUGUAGUUGCAUGUGGUGAUCACUUUGUAAUCCAAUAACAAGCACUACUCUUUGUAAUA